GCCGGGCCGCACGUUGCAGCGCCAUGGCGGCUGGAGGCAGGAGAAAACUGGCGGAGCUGAGUGUUGAUGAAUUUUUAACUUCCGGAUUUGAGUCAGAAGUUGAUGGUGACUCAGAAGAGGAGACAUCAGAGCUUGUGGAAGAGCCUGCUAACGGGAAACAAAGCCAGAAUGGGCAGGCAGGAGGAAAGAAGAAGCCACUCAAAGUUAAAACUGCAGAAAAGAAAGUGAAGAAAGGAAAGGCAACCGAGCACAAAGACCAACUCUCGCGGCUGAAGGAACGAGAUCCUGAAUUUUACAAGUUCUUGCAAGAAAACGACCGUUCCCUGCUGAACUUUGAUGACUCAGACGGCUCUGAUGAGGAGGAGAAGGGUCUGCACAUGCUGCCUGAAACGCUGGAGGAAGCAAGUGACGAGGAGGAGGAAACGGUCAAGCGGAAGAAAGCUGACUUUAUCACCGUGACCUUGAAGAUGGUGGAACAAUGGAAACAGGCUGCAGAGAAGCAGCUAACACCCAGGCUCCUCCAUGAGAUCACUCAGGCCUUUAAAGCAUCUGUGGCAACCACCAAAGGAGAUGACGGUGGGGCCGACCCCAGCAAAUUCAAAGUCACUGACAGUGCUGUGUUCAAUGCCCUGGUGUCCUUCUGCAUUCGGGAUCUCUUUGGCUGCCUGCAGAAACUGCUUCAGGUGAAGGUGCUGAAAGACAAAUCAAAGAUGGUGCUGCCCUCUACUAGCCCACUCUGGGGCAAGCUGAGGCUGGACGUCAAGAUGUACCUGAACUGCACCAUCCAGCUCCUGUCUUGUUUAACAGAAGCAUCUGUCGGAGCUGCUGUGCUUCACCACGUCAACGCCAUAGUCCCUUAUUUCUUGUCGUUCCCAAAGCAGUGCCGCAUGCUGCUCAAGCAAGUCAUCCGUCUGUGGAGCACGGGCGAAGAAACCGUGAGAGUGCUGGCCUUCCUGGUACUCAACAAGAUCUGCCGCCAUAAAAAGGAGCUGUACCUGAACCCCGUGCUCAAGCAAAUGUACAUCUCCUACGUGAAGAACUCCAGGUUCACCUCCCCCAACGUCCUCCCUAUGAUCAACUUCAUGCAGCGCACCCUGACGGAGAUGUAUGCCCUGGACACGCAGGUGUCCUACCAGCACGCCUUCAUCUACAUCCGCCAGCUCGCCAUUCACCUGCGCAGCGCCAUGACCCUGAAGAAGAAGGAGAACUACCAGUCUGUUUACAACUGGCAGUACAUCCACUGCCUGUACUUCUGGUGUCGGGUCCUGAGCACCAUCUACCCCAGUGAGAUCAUGGAGCCGUUAAUUUACCCUCUGACCCAGGUCAUCAUUGGCUGCAUUAAGUUGGUGCCCACGGCUCGUUUCUACCCCCUGCGGAUGCACUGUGUCAGGGCCCUUACGCUGCUUUCUGAGAACACCCGGACCUUCAUCCCGGUUCUGCCCUUCAUCCUGGAGAUUUUCCAGCAAGUGGAUUUCAAUAAGAAGCCAGGCCGCAUGAGCGCCAAGCCCAUUAACUUCGCGGUCAUCUUGAAGCUGUCCAAUGCUAACCUGCAGGAGAAGGCUUUCCGGGAUGGCCUCGUUGAGCAGCUGUAUGACCUGACGCUCGAAUAUCUCCACGGCCAAGCCCACAGCAUCGGAUUCCCAGAGCUGACCCUGCCAAUUAUCAUUCAACUCAAAUCUUUCCUGAAGGAAUGCAAGAUUGCCAACUACUGCAAAGCGAUCCGGCAGCUCUUGGAGAAGUUGCAGGAAAAUUCUGCCUACGUCGCCAGUAGGCGCCAGAAAGCCACCUUCGGCGUGGCCAGCAGGGAGGCUGUGGAACAAUGGGAGAAGCGGGUCAAGGAAGAGGGGACGCCUCUGACCAAGUAUUACGCUCAGUGGAAGAAGCUGCGGGAGAAAGAGAUCCAGCUGGAAAUCAGCGGCAAGGAAAGGCUCGACGACUUGAACCUCCCAGAAAUCAAACGGAAGCGGCUGGAGGACAGGAAGGAGGACGACAAGAAAGAAUUCAAGGACCUCUUUGAGCUGGACAGCGACUCCGACGGGGAGAGCGGUGGAUUCGCUGUGCAAGGAAAAUCAAAGGCCAAGAAAGCGCAGGGAUCCGCGGGGAGCCCGGACGUGAGCAGCGAGGAUGACGACGAAGAGGGCGAGUAUGACAUUGGGGAGGAAGAGGAAGCCAGUGACUCGGACGGGGGAGCUGAGGAAGGGCCCUCCACCUUGGAGGGGACCCAGAAGCAGCUGGCCUAUGCCAGGCGGCUGUCCUCGGCCGACCUCGAGCUGCUGGCCCAAGGGGAGGAGGACAUCGUGGAGGACCUUGAUGACGAUUACUUCAACGACCUAGCCGGUGACUGAAGACUCCGCAAAUGCUCUGGACUCCCUCCCUCUGCGCCUAGGAGGGCAAGCUUGUGCCCUCGCUGACAAUCGAAGCUGGUCGUGAUGGGAACUAGGCCGAGGGGAAGCCCCGAAGGAGGAGGUAGGAGCAGCAUGGGAUGGGCAGCCCUAGCGGGACGGAAUUUCUCACUGAUGCAGCAGAGACGCUGCCUGGACCUUUUCCACCAGAGUUACAUUAGUGGGAAUGCAGUGAAAUGUGUGGUCACAUCAGGACCAGUAAAACUGCUCAGCAAAGGUAAUAAAAA